AUGGUGAAAAAGGAAGGGAAACAACAUGAAGAACACGAGGAACCAAAGGAAUCAGAGAUAGAAGGGGAAGGAGAAUCAGUGGGGAGUGUGAGCAGCGGUCAUGUAGUGAUAUGUGUGCACAAGCAGAAUUUGAAAGAUGUGCCUAUGAAGAUUAAAAGAAAUAUCAAGCUUGGUAAAAUGAUGGUUGCUUAUUGCAACCAUAUGGGUCUCCAGUUAGAUGCUGUGAGGUUUAUUUUUCAAGGACAGAGGGUUCGAGAACAUCAGACCCCCAAUGACAUUGGCCUCCAAGAUGGAGAUGUCAUUGACGUCUGGUCUGAGCAGUUCGGCGGCUUCUCCGCUGUGGCGUUGAAGAGGGGCCGGAAGGAAUGCCGGAACGGGGCACUGCGACGCCUUCGCUACCAGCCCUGA